AUGUCAACAUUUGAUUACCAGGAUAAACUAGAAAAACUUCCAAUACCUGAUUUAAAAUCAACUUGUGAAAACUAUCUAUCAGUCUUAAAACCAUUACAAACUGAACAAGAACAUAAAGAAACUAUAAAAGCUACUGAAUCAUUUUUAAAAGGUAUUGGACCUUAUUUAGAUGAUCAAUUAAGAAAAUAUGCAAAUUCAAGAAACUCUUAUAUUGAACAAUUUUGGUUUGAUUCUUAUUUAAAUUCAGAUUCUCCUGUUGUAUUAAAUUUAAAUCCAUUUUUCCUUUUAGAAGAUGAUCCAACUCCAAUUAAUAACACUCAAAUUAAAAGAGCUUCUAGUUUAACUCAAUCAUCCUUGGAAUUUAUUCGUGCUUUAAGAAGAGAAGAAUUACCUCCUGAUAUGGUUAGAGGUGUUCCUUUAUCAAUGGACCAAUAUCAUAAAUUAUUUGGUUCUUCAAGAAUUCCAACUAAAACUGGUUGUAUUAUGCAAACUGAUUCAAAUUCUCAUCAUAUUGUGGUUAUGUCAAAAUCUCAAUUUUAUUGGUUUGAUGUCUUGGAUAAAAAUAAUGAUUUAAUUUUAACUGAUGAUGAAAUUUCAAUUAAUUUUGAAAGUAUUUUAAAAGAUUCACAAAAAUCAACUCCAAGUGAAUUAGCAAGAUCUUCAUUUGGUGUAUUAACAACAGAAAAUCGUAAAAAUUGGGCAAAUUUAAGAAAUAAUUUAAUUAAUGAUGAAAUUAAUUAUAAAAUUUUAAAAAUUAUUGAUUCUGCUUUAUUUAUGGUUAUUUUAGAUGAUUUAAAUUUAGAAACUUUAAAUGAUUUAUCAAUGAAUAUGCUUUGUGGUAUUUCAAAAUUAGAUAAAGGUGUUCAAGUUGGUACUUGUACAAAUAGAUGGUAUGAUAAAUUACAAUUAAUUAUAACAAAAAAUGCAAAAGCUGGUAUUAAUUUUGAACAUACUGGUGUUGAUGGUCAUACUGUUUUAAGAUUUUGUUCAGAUAUUUAUACUGAUUCCAUAUUAAAAUUUGCCAAAUCAAUAAAUUCAAAUUCUCCAUCAAUUUGGAAAACAAAAUCUCCUUUAUUGAAAAAUCAAAAUUCAAUUGAUACAAAUGUUAUAACUAUACCAAGAAAAUUAGAAUGGAAUUUAACUUCUGAUUUAUCAUUAGCUUUAAGAUUUGCAGAAACAAGAAUUUCUGAUUUAAUUUCUCAAUAUGAAUUUGCAUGUCUUGAAUUUAAAAAUUAUGGUUCAGAUUUUAUUAAAAAAUUAAAAUGUUCACCUGAUGCAUUUGUUCAAAUGUCAUUUCAAGCUGCUUAUUAUGUAUUAUAUGGUAAAGUUGAAUGUACUUAUGAACCUGCAAUGACUAAACAAUUUUUCCAUGGUAGAACAGAAUCCAUAAGAACAGUUUCAUUAGAAUCAAAUCAAUUUGUUCGUAGAUUUUUUGAAGAUUCAAAAAAUUUAGAAAAAUUAGAUUUAUUACAAAAAGCAUGUUCAAAACAUUCUAAAACAACAAAAAAUUGUUCAAAUGGUCAAGGUCAAGAUCGUCAUUUAUAUGCAUUAUUUAAUAUUUGGAAACGUUAUGUUGCAGACCAAGAUCAAGAUGAUGAAAGUUCAAAUGAUAAUGGUCAUAAUUCAGAUGAUGAUAAUUCAGAUGUAACAAUUGGUAAUGAUUCUGAUCCAGUUUUAGAAAAAUUAAAUAAAAAUGAAAUUCCAUCAAUUUUUGCAGAUUCAGGUUGGGAUAAAAUUAAUAAUUCAAUAAUUUCAACUUCAAAUUGUGGUAAUCCUGCAUUAAAAAAUUUUGGUUUUGGUCCAACUUCAUCAAAUGGAUUUGGUAUUGCAUAUAUUAUAAAAUCAAAUUCUAUAACAGUUUGUGUAUCAUCAAAACAUCGUCAAACUCAAAGAUUUAUUGAUACUUUAAAGAAUUAUUAUGAAGAAAUUUCACAUAUUUAUAAUGAAGAAUUUUUAAAACCAAAAAUUGAUCAAUCUUCAAGAGGUAGAUCAACUCCAAGAUCAGGUAAUUUAAAUUAUUUAUUAGGUGGUUAUGGUUAUUUUGAUUUAGAAGAUGAUGAAAUUAAAUCAAGAGGUAAUAGUCCUGAAAGAUUUGGAUUUAAAAAAGCUGGAUUUACAAGUAGACAAUUGAGUGAAAAAUUAAGAUUAGCAGAGUAUUGA